ACGCUACGAGCAUUACAAGCCGCGUGCGGAGCGAUCCGUGAUUUGUCGGUUUGUCGAACGAACACAAAGGUGCGCGGAGCAGCCAACAUGGACGGUCGUUUUGAAAUCAACACGUGCACGCAACGAACAUGGAGGACGACACUGCGUGGAGUGACGAAAAGGCAUUUUGCUUGAUAGAUGCGUACAGAGUUCGUGAAAUUUUGUGGAACCCGCAAAAUGAAAACUAUUUUAAGAAAAAUCUUAAGCAAGAUGCGUGGUCGGAAAUUGCAAAGUUGAUGUCAAUGACUGUACAAAAAUGCAACAGCAAAAUUGUUAGUCUUCUCUCUUCAUACCACCGCGAAAAGCUGAGAAAAAAAUCAAAGGGGACAGGAAAAGGUGCCUCGGAAACAUACAUAAGUCGAUGGUUUGCCUAUGAUGCUUUGAAGUUCUUAGACGACAGGAACACACCGAGAAAGAGAAAAAAUACGGAGUCACUUCAUCGCUCGGACUUGGAAAACAUUGCCGACCAAAAUGUGUUCACCCCUCCAGUACUACCAAAUGAAUGUACUCCAAAGAGCGCUAAUCAAACCAGGAGGGAUGACAAUGUGCUCUCAGAUGUGAUGGGAAUACUGAAAACAACAGCUAAUAAAUUGGACAAUUCGAUAGGUAUUCCUGAUACAACGAAAAGUUUCGCUUCCUUUAUAGGGGCUAAAAUGACUAGUUAUUCUCCACAAACUAGGACUUCGGUGGAAAAUUCAAUUUUUGAAAUAAUUACGAAAGGAAGGGGAUAUUACGAAUCGUGGCGUCAUCAAAAUAACCAUGCAUAUGGUUCACACCAAGAUGAUUAUUUAUCCAGGGCAAGAACUGUGUGGAUCUGACCGGAUAUUCUAAUCGUCCCUCAAUGUCGGCCGGACCACCAUCGGGCACAAACGAAGCGGGACCCUAUGGCUAUACUACGGCAAGAAAUGAAGAUACUACUGACUACCCAACCAUCCAGCCACCCUUGUCGGUCCCUUCACAAGAGUCUUACACGUCUUCUAUGGAUGACUUUAAUGUGAUAAAGAC